CCCCAUUCCUUCACGAUUGUAAAGUUUUUACUUUUGCUGACUCCAGCGACUAGCGAUAUUUGCACAGAGAGAGUUAGUUCUCGCUCGCGAAUUGUGAGUGGUUGCGAGACCAGCAACGUGAUCGUACAACGUGAUACGACGCAUCGUACCGACGACAUGAGCGACAACGUGGUAGCUGACGUACAAAAUCUGUCUCUGACAGAGGAUAAGGCAUGAAUCCUCACUCUCACAUAGAAUUCGGAAUUUUUUGCUUUUUUUAUUUUUAGUAUCGUUAAAUCAUGCUGACGAGGUUACGUUUCCGCAUUUUUAGAACCGUUUACUGCGGUACUAAAUGGACACAUGUUCGGUCAAAAUCGAUGAAGGCAUUAAAGAAAAAACAGGCUAUAACGGAGAAGUCUUCUGUCUCUGAACUCAAUCCUUGGCCGUCUUACAUUGAGGAACGUAUUGCAUUAUGGAAUAAGUUGAAAAAGGAAUAUGAAAAUGAAUUGGCGGCAAAAACUCCUGAAAAUAUUACUGUGACUCUUCCAGAUGGCAAGGUUAUAUCUGCUCAAUCUUGGUGUACCACUCCUUAUGAUAUUGCAAAAAGUAUUAGUCAGGGAUUAGCAGACAACACUGUAAUUGCAAAAGUAAAUAACGAGUUAUGGGAUCUCGAUAGGCCUUUGGAAUAUGAUUGCAAGCUGCAGUUGUUAAAAUUUGACGAUGCGGAAGGUCAGCAAGUAUUUUGGCAUUCUAGUGCUCACAUUCUUGGUGAAGCUAUGGAAAGAGUUUACGGAGGUUGUCUAUGUUACGGUCCUCCGAUUGAGAAUGGCUUUUAUUAUGAUAUGUAUUUGGGCAACAAAGGCAUCUCCAACAAUGAGUUUUCAUUUUUGGAGAGUCUGUACAAGAAUAUAGUCAAGGAGAAACAACCAUUUGAACGGUUGGAGAUGACAAAGGAAGAUCUCUUGGAGAUGUUCAAGUACAAUGAGUUCAAAGUACGGAUUAUAAAAGAAAAAGUGAAAACGCCCACUACCACGGUUUACAGAUGCGGUCCUUUAAUAGAUUUGUGUAGAGGACCGCAUAUCAGGCACACCGGUAAGGUCAAAGCCAUCAAGAUUACGAAGAACUCAUCCACAUACUGGGAAGGAAACGCCAAUGCGGAGUCACUGCAGAGAGUUUACGGAAUAAGUUUUCCAGAUAAUAAGCAGCUGAAGGAAUGGGAGAAGUUCCAAGAAGAAGCAGCCAAGCGUGAUCACAGGAAGAUCGGGAAAGAACAAGAACUGUUCUUCUUUCACGAGUUGUCACCGGGUUCGUGCUUCUUCUUACCGCGCGGUGCGUACAUAUACAACACUCUGAUCGAAUUUAUUCGUUCCGAGUACAGAAAGAGAGGAUUCCAAGAAGUGGUCUCUCCGAAUAUUUAUAACAGUAAAUUGUGGCAAACUUCUGGACACUGGCAGCACUAUGCUGAAAAUAUGUUCUCCUUCGACGUAGAAAAGGAAACGUUCGCACUCAAGCCCAUGAAUUGCCCAGGCCACUGCAUGAUAUUCGAUGUUCGAUGCAGAUCGUGGCGCGAACUGCCUCUCAGAAUGGCAGAUUUUGGCGUAUUGCAUCGUAAUGAACUCUCGGGUGCGUUAACUGGUCUGACUAGAGUCAGGCGAUUCCAGCAAGACGAUGCGCACAUAUUCUGUUCUGUCGAUCAGAUCAAAGAAGAAAUGAUAGGCGCUCUUGACUUUUUGCGAAGUGUCUAUUCUGUCUUUGGUUUCACGUUUAAUCUAUGCUUGUCCACGCGACCUGAGAAAUUCUUAGGGGACAUAGCAGUCUGGAAUCAAGCGGAAAAGGCGUUAGAGGAUAGCUUGAACGCGUUCGGCGAGCCAUGGUCCCUUAAUCCUCAAGAUGGUGCAUUUUACGGGCCUAAAAUCGAUAUAACUAUCUUAGACGCACUCAAAAGGGCUCAUCAAUGCGCUACGAUACAAUUAGAUUUCCAACUGCCGAUCAGAUUCAAUCUGUCUUAUAUCAACGAAGCUGGAGAGAAAGCACGGCCAGUUAUCAUUCAUAGAGCCAUUCUAGGCUCUGUAGAGCGCAUGAUUGCAAUCUUAACGGAAUCGUACGGUGGAAAGUGGCCGUUUUGGCUUUCUCCUCGACAGGCAAUGGUUAUACCAGUGGUAACGCAAUUUGACGAUUAUGCUCAUGAAGUAAAACAGAAACUUUGGGAUGCUGGCGUCAUGGUCGAAAUUGAUACCGAUCCGAGUGAUACUCUGAAUAAAAAAAUUCGUAAUGCUCAGCUUGCACAGUUUAACUUUAUACUCGUUGUUGGAGAAAAAGAACGUAAUGCUGGUACAGUAAACAUUAGAACAAGGGACAACGUAGUUCACGGCGAAAUGGCAGUGGACGAAUUGAUUGAAAAAUUGAAAAUCUUGAAGGAAACAAGAAAUCAAAGCGGCGAAUUAAAAUAAAUUUACAUCUCUUCUAUAUUAAAACAAAUUUAUUUAUUUCUAAGUAAGGCAUUUCGUACACGUUUAUAAUGAUUUAUUUAUAAAGACUCAUCUAGUGUUUUUUUUUUAUUUUUUUUUUUGUACGCUAAAGUGUUCUAUGUUUGUGUUUCAAUCAUGUUCACUUUCGACUUUUCAUGUAUGAGUAGAAAAAUGGCAAUUUUCUGUAAUCAGAGAACCACAAAUUUGAUUAUAAUCGAUUCUGGGGAUCGAAUGUAUAUCAUGUAAUAUAGUGAAAAUUACAAAAGUGAGCGAAUUUACUAAAAUAUCUCUGAUUUUAUUGGUCAACAACUAAUAAAGUUGCUCACUUUUGUAAUUUUCAUUACAUUGCGGCUGCUUUCCUUCUAAAAGACAAAUCGAUACAGAUUAACAUACUCGAGCACAGUUUGGCUGCUUUCCUUUUAGGAGACACAGUCGACAUAAGUCGACACAAGAGUCAUUCUGUCUUUGUUUCUCACUGAAUACUGAACGAAGACAGAAUGACUUUUGUGUCGACUUGUGUCGAUUGUGUCUCCUAAAGGGAAAGCAGCCUUUGACUCUUCUCCCAAGAAUAGUCCGAGUGUCGAUUGACGUCGAUCACAAUUAUAAAUGAAAAGCGACGUGUGGCAAUUUGUGUCGGAUGUGUCGAUUGUAUUUUCUAAAAGGAAAGCAGCGUGCAUAGAUACACAAUCGACCCUAUAAUCCAUAUAAAAGUGACACUUCUUCAUAUAAAAAAAAUCGGAUUAUUGUAACGACUUUAAAAUUAAAAUAUUUAUUGUAACUCGAUAACAGUUAUACUGCAUACUCGAGCAAAACUAAGAAGAAUUCGAUCAAAUUAUGUAUUUUUUAAGUAGUCACAAAUGGAUUAUGUAUUUUCCAAUGUGUCACAAAUAUUGUGUUUUGCAUAUGCACAAAGAAAAGAAAAUGAUAAAUAUAUUAUGAAAGAGAUUAAAUUUUAUGAAAUGCUAAAAGAUGCUGAAAUGUUUAUUUUUUUUUUUAAUACAAAAGUCCACAUUUUGAGAAUUUUGAACCAUCAUCGCUGGUUGGUGUUGGUGGUUUGGUGCAAUAAUUAGGGCCUGAGCAC